AUUUUAACGUCGAAUAUAUGGUGUCCUUUGAUUUUUGUGUAUUUUUUAAAAAUCUAAGUAAGUUGUAUAAGGUAAAAAGUAAAAGAGAGAUAGAGAUAAACACAUACUAUAUCUGUAUUUUGAUGUUCAAAUAACACAACUAACAUAGAACCAUGUGAACCAACUUAAAAACUCAAUCCAUUUGGUAAUAAUCAUCAACAGAUUCAACUGGGAAAUGAAAAGGCACUUAUUGUCAACUUGAGUGAGUGAAUGAAUGCUUAAGGUAGCUAUGUUACCCUCACCACUUGAUUCUUCAACUUCAUAUCUGAGCACAAGCACCAUUGUUUCACUUUGUGUAUUCUUCGCACUCCUCUGCGCUUGCAUCAUCGUUGGCCACCUUCUCGAAGAAUAUCGAUGGGCCAGUGAAUCCAUUAUUGCCCUACUUCUUGGUUUGUGCUCUGGAGUGGUGGUAUUGUUGGUGACCAAGUUCCGUAGUACAGAGAUUCUAAUAUUCAACGAAGACUUGUUCUUUCUUUACUUGCUUCCACCAAUCAUUUUCAAUGCCGGUUUCCAAGUCAAGAAGAAACAGUUCUUCAGGAAUUUCACUACUAUACUUCUGUUUGGAGUCCUUGGGACAGUUAUUUCUUUCUGUGUCAUAUCUGUUGGUGCCUUUUUGCUCUUCAAUAGGAUUGGCAUAACUAACUUGAGCAUAAAAGAUCACCUAGCCAUUGGGGCUAUCUUGUCAGCAACUGACUCAGUUUGUACAUUACAGGUUCUGAGUCAAGAUGAAACACCUUUUCUUUACAGCAUUGUAUUUGGCGAAGGAGUAGUAAAUGAUGCCACAUCUAUCGUUCUUUUCAAUUCAGUCCAAUCACUUAACUUCGACAGCAUUAAUGCUAUUACAGCUUUAAAAUUGUUGGGGACCUUCCUUUACCUCUUUUGCACUAGUACUGCCCUUGGCGUAGUAGUUGGCCUCUUAAGUGCUUAUAUUAUUAAAACACUUUACUUUGGAAGGCACUCUACAGAUCGUGAAGUUGCACUUAUGAUGUUAAUGGCAUAUCUGUCAUAUAUGAUCGCUGAGCUUUUGAAUCUCAGUGGAAUUUUGACGAUUUUCUUCUGUGGUAUUGUUAUGUCACACUACACAUGGCAUAACGUUACAGGAAGCUCAAGGAUAACAACCAAGCACGCAUUUGCAACUAUCUCAUUCAUAGCGGAAACCUUUAUAUUUGUAUAUGUCGGCAUGGAGGCUUUAGACAUUGACAAAUGGAAAAGAAGCAAGGCCAGCAUAGGAACUUCAGUUGCUGUCAGCUCAACAUUGAUUGCAUUAGUUUUGAUCGGAAGAGCAGCUUUUGUUUUCCCUAUUGCAAACAUUGCAAAUUGCACCAAAACAAGAGAGAGCACUAAAAUUGAGUUUCGAUCGCAGUUUAUAAUAUGGUGGGCAGGCCUAAUGAGAGGUGCAGUGACCAUUGCCUUGUCUUAUAAUCAGUUUUCAAAAUCUGAUAUAGCAUCAGCUGAAGACUCUGCAUUAAUGAUCACCUCAACUAUAAUCCUUGUCGUAUUCAGUACUGUGGUAUUUGGUUCCAUAACAAAGCCUUUGAUUGAGGCUGUGAACUUAAAGCAUUCAAAACCAGCCAUUUCUGAUUCCACCGAUAAUCAAGAGGAUCUAAGACUGCUAUUACUUGAAAGCAAUAGUUCCAUCAACCAAAGCAUCAAUCAGUCAAAUCGAAGACGAAGUAACCUGAGUUUGAUGAUGCGUUAUCCUACUACUACCGUUCACUACUUUUGGAGGAAAUUCGAUGAUAAGUUUAUGAGACCUGUAUUUGGUGGUAGAGGUUUUGUUCCAGUUGUUCCUGGUUCACCGCAUGUUGAAGAGGAUAUUUCUUGAAACACAAGCAAUUAGUACCUGUUAUGUUUUCAUAUUUUGGGUUUAGUUUUAAAUAUAAAGAUACCACUUGUUUUAAAAUAAAAUUAUUUUUCCAUGAAGCAUUCGAAACCAGGUGGUAUAUUUGCAUCUAAAACUCAACAAAAAAAUGAAAACCAAACAAAAUAUUUUAUUCAGCAUAAACUAUAUUUUAUGACUAUCCGAGGAAAAUAUUGUAUUCUCUCUCUACUUUCAUUGUCAUUUAUUAGAAAUGUGAGCUAUGGUCCAGUUUUUCGUCUA